AAACAAGUCACCGGCUCGGUGCCUGAGAGAUCAGAAGAUUCAGAGCACCCCUCUUCAGUUUGCCGUCUCUCUCUCUCCUUCACGCACCUCCUCUCCCCUAUCCUCUCCCUCUCCCUCCUUGGCGUUGCGUCGCCUCCGAUUACCCUCUCGCUAUGGCGAGGCCGCCGCAGGAGGCGAUCGACACCUUCGUGAGCAUCACGGGGGCCGACGAGGUCGUUGCCGUCCGCAAGCUCGAGGAACAUGGCGGUGACCUUAAUCAGGCCAUCAAUUCACAUUUCAAUGAAGGAGACAGCACGUUGAACAGAAUCAAUCAAAACAUUAUACCUGCUAGCCAUGAUGAUAUGAUGGAUCUGGAUGGACCACGUGAUAAUACAUUUCAAAGAUCUUUUCCUGAAACUUUCCGAGACCCUUUCGCGCUAAUGGAUCCAAAUUUUCAGCAACAAUUUUUCGAUAGAGUUGGCUCCACUGAUAGUUUCAGUCGUGGACCGCUGGUUUCACACCCUAGAGAGGUGAGAGAGAUACCUACUGAAGUUAACGAUAGCAACCCUCAGACAGGUCUAUCUGGUCAGGCCCCCGUUAUCGACGAUGUGACUGGACAUGAGUCUUCACAUGGCCCUGAAGUUCGUGAAACUAUCAUAAUUGAUGAUGAGGAUGACGGAUUGUCAUCUGCACCAUCUGCUCUUCGUUCUAAUAUCCCUAGCAAUUCACCAUGGUCAAAUCCUUCUGUGCCAACUGCUCCUCCAUUGGUUCAUGUUAAUGACUAUGAUGAUGACAUAGAAGAGGAAAUGAUUAGGGCGGCAAUCGAAGCUUCAAAGACGGAUGCCGAGGGACUGGCAUAUACAGUGGAGCAAGGAAGAGACCAACAUCCAGAGGGAGUAAGCUUGGGAAAUCAUUCUGAUGAAGCAGACAUGGGAACUGCGGAUGGAACAGUUAGAAGGCAAGGACUAGCUUCAGGAAAGGCUGGAACAUCUAGGGAACCAAUAGAUGAGGAGAGCUUCCAAGAAGAGACCGAAGAUGUAGAAGAACAACCGCUAGUUAGACGUCAUUCCAGGCGUUUCCCUUCUGGGAACGAGUUAGCACAACCGGUGCACCCAGGUGCUAGCCCUGCGUUAAAUUUUCAGCCUCAGAUUAACUUGAACGAUCGCCAGUAUAAUGGAGAUGAUUUCCCAUCUGAGUGGGGUGGCAUUUCUUCUGAGGAACAUGACGAAGCUGUUAUGCUUGAGGCUGCAAUGUUUGGUGGAGUUCCUGAAGGACCAACAUAUCCGUUUCCCAUGCCUUCUCACAGAAGCCCAACUCAUUAUCCGCCAAUAGUGCAUUCUCCGCCACCUGAAUUAACUGAACAACGGUUAUUACGAGAACAGCAGGAUGAUGAGUACCUUGCAUCGCUCCAAGCUGAUCAAGAAAAGGAGUUAAAGGCCCUACAGGAGGCUGAGCUCCGUCACCUGGAAGAAACUGCCACAAGAGAAGAUGCUCUUGAAAAACAGAAGCAAGAGGAGGAGGAAAGGCGUAAAAAGCAACUUGAGGAAGAGGAGCUAGCAUCCAAUCUCGCAUCAAAGCAAGCAGCAUUGCCGUCGGAACCACCUCCAAACAAUGAAGGUGCUGUGACACUUGUAGUUCGCAUGCCUGAUGGUAGUCGACAGGGACGUCGGUUUUUAAAAUCUGAUAAACUUCAGUUCCUAUUUGAUUUCCUAGACAUUGGCAGGACCUGCAAGCCAGGGACCUACAGAUUGGUGAGGUCAUACCCAAGGCGUACUUUUACCAACAGUGAGGGUGACGUAUCAUUCAAUGAUCUUGGCCUAACAAGCAAGCAGGAAGCCCUAUUUCUUGAACAGAUUAGAGAGUAGAGCAUAAGUGUUAGUCAUGGAUAGAGAUACCAUAUGGAAUUGGAGGUUUUUUACGUUGUAUACUUGCUUCCGCCUUUUGUCGGUAAGAAAUUCAGUCCGUCGUAUGGUUCAGUUGAGAAUCCAUGUUGAAAAGGUCAAAUUCUUUUGUGGCACCGCGUCAUGACACUGCGCUUUCCGUAUUUUAUGUUAUGCCUGUUAUGAAAGGUCUACGUCAGGGUAAACCGUGAAAGGCAUGGAGGCAGGGUAUGUAUACAAUGUGACACCUUACACAAUUCAUUUCAAAGAAUGGAAAGCAAUGAUG